AUGCGCGCGGGCGACUCGGCGAAGUUGGUGGGCAAAGCGCUUCCAGGAUACCUGCUGGGCCUCACCCAGGAGAAUGAGGUCUUGGUGGCUGGGAAAGGCCUGGCUCGUGGUUACCUUGGCUUGGAAGAGGAGACGGCACGCUGCUUCGUGCCUUGGGAUCUCCUGACCGAUGACAUCGAGGCGGAUGGCCGCGCGUAUCGGACGGGAGAUUUGGCGUCCUGGAGCGCGGAGAAGGGCUUCGAGUUGCAUGGGCGAAGGGACCAUCAGGUGAAGAUCAGCGGGGUUCGGAUUGAGAGCCUGGAGAUCGAACUGGCCGUGGAGGCCUCUGGACUCGUCGAGAGCUGCACUUGCAUGGUGCAGAAUGACCAGCUGGUGCUCUCCAGCACCAUGGAUUGGGUACUGCGUGCGGCCCUGGAAGCCCAUGCCGCGAAGCGCUUGCCGCUGCAGGUGGUGCCGCAUUUCUUUGUGGGACAUGAGAAACUGCCCCUGGCGCCUGGUGGGAAAGUGGAUCGACAGGCGAGCUGGGAUUCUUGGUCCCCUUUAGGCGCCAACUCCAACUUCCAGUGGCUGGGCGGCGACAGCCUGGCGGCGCUCCGCGCCUCGCGGGGCCUCGCGGAGGCGAAACGAAGCACCGUUCGUCGUCGGUUCGACGAGACUCGCGGCGCGCUGGCGUUUUCCGGUUCCAAGAGACCAGCGAAAGGUCAUUUGGCGAUUGAGGACAAGGAGCAGGCGGGCGAGGCAGGAUUGAUGGUCUCCUCAGAAGCACCCGAAGGCCACAGGGCGGCGAACGGCAAGGGGACUGGUUGGAGGCCCAUGUUGCGGCAGUAUGCCACCUUUCUGGCGUCAAAGGGAGUGCGAGACAAAGGAGAUGGUCGAGAAGCAGUGGUUAAGGCUCUGCUGGAGGUGCCGCUCAUUGCCGCGGCCACCGCAGGGCACAUAGGCUGUGCCCAGCUGCUCCUCUCUGCCCGCGCCCACGUGCGCGCCAUGACCUCUGCCCGGACCAGCGCAGCGCAUGUGGCCGCAGCUCGGGGAGACCCCUCGCUUUUGCAACUUUUGCUGACGACCGGUGACAAUGAUGAACGCGAGGGCAUCGCCACCUGGGCACGGGAUGCAGAUCAGUCGGGAGAUCUGAAGUGUUUGGAGCUCAUCCUGUCGAAAGUGAAGGCCCUUCCGCCAGGUCUGAAGGCCAAGGAUGGAGGCUUGGAAGCCAAAGACCGCUGGGGCAGGACGGCGUUGCAAUGGGCAGUGGCCAAUGGUCACAAGGAUGCGGCUGUGCCAUGGCACUUUGCAGAGCUGAUGGGAUGGGCUGGGCUACGACGUGUUGACUUUGGUUAUCCCACCACAGCCACCACUGGGGAGGUGUGCCUCAUCCGAAACGGUGCCUAUUCCAAGAACUUGCCCGACGCACUGCUUGAGGACCUUGAGGUGAACUUGACGGCACCGUCGAAGCCCGGGCAGCCCACCGCACUUCGAAAGGUGGUGCAGCCGGCCGAACGCAUGGGGGUCUUGGUGCAGAGCCUUCCGCAGGGACGUGGUUGGUCCUCCGUGUCGGAGCUGCUGAGUCGUCGAGUCGUCACCUUGCUGGCCAUGAGCUUUUCAAAUCAAAAGCAUCGAGAACGAGGGCUUGUAGCUGAAGCACUCCCAAGCCAUGGGCCAAUGCCUGUGCCCGAUGCGGAAGUCUUUGGAGAGGGCGAGGAUACAGCAGAUGAAGAUGAGAGUCUUUUGGCUCGAUCCAAGGAGGCUCAGGAGGCUCUCAAAGAGGGCGAUCAGACCGAGACCUGCUUUCGGUGCUGCUUCUGCAGCGUGGUGAUCGUCUUCUUCUGCGCUCUGUCCUUCUAUGCUGGGACCAUCUGGGAAGCUGCACAGCUCCAAAGCUCCAGUCUGGAGGAAGUCGUGAACACGAAGGUUCAGGACGCCUUUACGGAGGUCUAUUCCGAGCCAAAGCACUGGACCGUGGCCCCGAGCAGCGCGGCUCCCACGGCUCCGCCGAGCAUCGCGGCUCCGAGCACGGCUCCGCCAAGAGGGACGACGACGACGACGACGACCACGAGCCCAGCGAGCGAGAUGAAGACAGGCGGAGCGACCAUGGCGGCCACAGAAGCCACUUCAGUCGAAACGGAAGAGAAAGCCUUGGCAUGUUUACAGCUGAGCUUCCCUCAACUCACCCACAUUACAUACCCCACUGAUGCCGAGUCGCACUUCUUGGAGGUGAACGAGACGUUGAGCCACUUCUUCGCGCCCAACUUUCAGCCGCACGUCUGGGCCGGGUACAGCGGCCCAUGGGUCGAAAAUCAUUGGAUCUGGAACUUCAGCCAGAGAUGGCGCAGUCGCCCCGAAGGGACGAAGUUGAGGGACAUCUUUGGGCCCUUCAUCCCGAUCUUCGCGCCCUUCGUGGAUCUGGUGGUGAGGCAAAAAGGCUACCCCAUGGGCAUGAUGGAGAUCCUCAACAAGACCAUGCGAAAAGACGUCUUGUACAUCACGGUCUCUCAGCAUGACCUGGGGCUCUUCAAAUCAGCGAGGAACAACAGGAUGACUCAAGCACAGAUGCCGAACUUGCUGGUUCUGAGCGCCGGUGGCAACGGACAUGUGCCCAUCCCACUCCUGAAAAAGCCGGAGAAGCGACUGAUGGGCCUCCCUCUACGCUCGAGGCGCUACUUCACGUCCUUCGUGGGGAGUGGCUUCAACAACAAGGCGGUGCGCGAGACCAUGAAAAAAGUCACGGAGCAGUGGGCGCAGCAAACUGGCAAGGAGGUAUUCAUCUCCUUGAAGACGAUGAACGAGUGGCAGGACAUCCUGACGAAUACCACGGUGGCCCUGAGCCCCAGGGGCUUCGGGCGCUCCUCCUUUCGUUCAGGGGAGCUCUUUCAGAUGGGUCGGGUGCCAAUCUAUAUUUGGGAUGAUGAACCUUGGUUGUACUACCGAGAGCUCUGGGAGAAGGAGGUGAUUGGCUUUGCCACCAACAUCAAGAGCUUGGGCAGUACCCUGGAUCGUGUGGUUUCGGACAUGUCCAAGUUGGAGCUCAUUGAGGCGAAUAUACUGAGGAUGCGUGAAAGCCACUUUACUUACGAGGGCAUCAUGGAUCAAAUCUCCAAGUUUAUGACGGGCCGCAAUGGUGGCAGCGACCUCCGCUGCCAGAAGCUCCCGCGAAGGCGAAGGCGGCUCCGCCGGCGCCGGCUCGGGCGGAGGCGACGAGGAGUUGUGCUCCAAAGAAGAGCCUUCAAAGAGGUGGUGCAUGUGUGAGGGAUCAA